AUGGCAUCUGGCCAAGAGAAUGACAUGGGAAGGGAGGAAGGGCCCACUGCCCCUAAUGAGGUGGUGAACAAUGCUGCUGAGAUUGACCUCAAUCAAGAUGAGGCAAUGACUGACAUUGAGCUGGAUGACAUUGAGAACUUAGACCUGGAGGAUGAGGAUAACUAUGCUCGCGUUAUUGCAGCCACUCGUGCAUUGGACGAGGUGGCCCGCAGAGCAGUGUAUGGCGCUAAGGAGCAGGCGCAGGGACCGUUUGAAUGGCCGGAGUUCUGCACCGCGUUGAAAGAGGCAUUCAUGGUCAAGAAGUCCGACCUCGAACUGCGCGGACGCCUUGAGAGUAUCAAAUGUCGUGACCGUUCGGUGCAGGAAUAUGCGGUCGAGUUUGAGGCCGCAGCACGCUUGCUCCAGAAGCCCUUGUCUGAGGAGGAGAUGAUGCACGUCUUCAUGAAAGGCCUCCCUUUCAAGCUGCAGCAGGCACACAUGACCGGUGGCAUGACCAAUUGGACGACUUACAAGGAGAUGAAGGAGCAGGUGAUUAAAACUGACAACAUCAUUCGCACGUAUAUUUUUGGUCCUGCAAAGCCGGACCAGCAGCCCCGUGCUGAGGGCCCUGGUGGUCCUGGGAACCGACCCCAGAAUGCCAACGGCGGAGGCGGUUGGAACAAGCGGCCUUUCCAGAAGCGUGAUCACCAGCCUGGGCCACAGGCCAAGAGGCCUAACGGAGGGGGAGGUCAUGGCCCUAAAAAGCCGAACUUCUCCGACAAGCAGUGCAGAGUCUGUGGAAGGAUGGGGCACAUUGAAAGGCAGUGCCGUGACAAGAACGCAAUCAAGUAUUCUGGGAAGCCUAAGCUAGGUGGCGCUGGACCUUCUGGAAAGAAGGAUUUUCAGAAGCCCAACUAG